UCUUGGAAGCAAAAAUAGAAGCCACGCGUUCGUUCCGGGCCGGCGAUAGUUCGUUCGACGUCUAAUAAGGCGCUUCGGGCCGUCCCUCGCGGCAUCGCCCUCUUGGUUCAUCCUUGGCAUCUCCUUCUCCGCCGCCACCGCCGCCGCCGCCGCCUACGAAGCAUUUCACCCACGGGCGGGGGGCGACGCACCAGGAGGUGGCGUUGGAAUGGCAGCAUUGGAUCCCGGUUGAGGAUAAGAGAUUAGGUUUUUUUGGGGAAUCUAUGGAUUUCGGUCCGGGCUAUGGUGGAGGUGGAGGGGAAGGAUUCUCCGUCGGGGUUUUCUCUCCUGGACGACAUCGGUCUCUGAGGCGGAAGCGGGACGCCAGGGCAGCCGAUGCCCAUUUGGUAUCCUGCGUCGACACCGAUGGGGACGAUCUAGGAGCUGGCGCUAGCGUUGCCAGAGUCGAGAUCGGGAACGAGGCGGAAGCCCUACGCGAGGCCCUCCUCAGCCACCAGCAAUCGAUCCAGAAGCUACAAGAGGAGCUGGAAGAGGAGCGGAGCGCCGCUGCGUCCGCUGCGCAAGAGGCCAUGUCAAUGAUUGUCCGGCUACAGCACGAGAAGGCGGAGGCCAUCAUGGAGAUUCGCCAGUUCAAGCGCGUCACCGAGGAGAAUCUGAAGCACAACCAGGAGGAGAUCGCGACGCUUGAGGACCUUCUCUUCAAGCGCGAACAAGAAAUGCAAGCCCUCUCCUGUGAGGUCCAGGCUUACCGUCACCGCAUCCUCAGCUACGGCUUUAGCCUCGAUGGAGAUGCCCCUCCCUCUGAACCGCAAACACCUGACACGGCGACCUCCGCCUUCGCCAUCCCCCAAAUCGAGUUCCCGCAGGAGUAUCAAUAUCCUUCGAUAAAGUGUGUCGGGGACGCUGGUGCCGAAAUCGACAAGUACCUCCCUGGUGAAACUCCACGUGAACACCUCCAGAAGCUGGAGCAGCGAAUUUUCCAGCUCGAGCGGACGCCAAGUAGCAGAUUUGGGAGCGCCAUCGACAAGGGAAUCAUCGUGAGGCAUUCUCCCCGAGCUCGGCCUAGGCAUCUCAGAAAUCUUUCCUACGGAAGCCAUGGAUCUGUCCUCGAAUUCAACAAGGGGGAUGAGUUCCCGACAUCGUUAGAUGCUCUAUCAGAUUACGAGGAGAUGAAUGACAGAGUGUAUACAGUGGAUGCUGUGCAUGGAGCCAGUGAUGACUAUGUUACCACACCAAGGGAGCUACAGACUAGGAGAUCCCGAAUGGGUGAAGUGGUCGAGGAAGGAGAAAUUUCUAAGCUUGAGAUGCGUCUGCAGGAGCUUGAAGCUGAUAGAGAGUAUAUGAGACAGGCAUUGAUUUCCAUGGGUGCAGAUAAGGCGCAGAUGAUGAUAUUGAAAGAAAUUGCUCAGAAGAUGUGCAAGGAAGGAACCAUUGACAAUAGAAUCAUAAAGCAAUCAUCUACCUCGCGGAGGUUUCCUUUCAUGUCCAUCAUCAAGGAUGUAUUUUCAUGUUUUGUAUUCUGGAAGAAAUCAUCUCAAGCCAAUAGGUAUACUUUUGGGAUAACAGCCGGUGUUGGCUUACUCCUGUUCUUAGGCAAGUCCUGUCACAUGAGGCAAAGGAAGAUCCUCUAAACACAAGUGCAGUUGUGCAGCUAUCAGUUCUCACAGUGAAGCAUGAGUUGAACAUGCAUAUCCAUUUCCAGUCCGUGUUCUUUUUUCCUUUCCUUUCGCAUGUUAUUAAUCUUUACCAACUGUAUCUUGGUUAUAAAAUCACCAAUUUUUUUCUUUGUUUAAAAGUAUAAAUAAUUUAUUAUUA